AUGCCAUCGUACUCUCAGAAGGGAAAUUCCCUUUUCACUUCUCAUUUGACCUUUUUUUUCUUAGGUCUGAGUUCAACCAUUGUUUAUCCCCUACUACACUUGGAUUCUUUUCUGUUUUUGAGAUUUCUCGGGAUAACCAUUUACGAUGCUGAGAGCAUAUCCUUUCUCCUGAGGAGGCUAAACCUUUUUGUGGGACUGGCUACCUGUUCUAUGUGUUUGUUGGUUGGGAAGACCGCGGACUACAGCAACUGGAGCUGGUUCCUGUUCGCCUCGUACUUUUUCACGUCCUUUUAUGUUUAUUCCUUAUCGCACAAUCUACUGUUUAUAAACAGCAUUUCAGUUCUGGCUGUGUUUUUUAUUUCGCUAUCCUCCCAUGGUUUGCUUUCAUCAACCAUCAGGCUCAUGUUUUCUAAAAACAUUGGUUUUACCGACAAUAAUCCCUCGCUUAGGUUUUAUAUAUUCACUUGUGGCUGUUUUAGCUCCAGCUUGGUGGUAAAACUUUUGAUUAAGUUUAGCGCCGGCGACGUGUUCACGGACACUGACAACUACAACACUCUCAAGCUGUUUAACAGGCUAUUUAUUUCGUUUACUGUUAUAGUACUUGUUACCUGUUUUCUCUUGUCGACUCUUAAUCCGGCUGAUGAGGAGUCCCCAAAAGUCAGUUCUAACAGCUUCAAGUCAACGUUUUCAGGGAAUAUAUGGGUUUUUACCAUUUGUUAUUUCAGCUGGUCGCUCUCGCCCUUUAUGAACAACUUGAGCUUGACGGUUAUGCACUCUAUAAAGCGGACGCAGCUCUUUCAGAUGGAAUACUAUCAGUUCGUCACUUCUCUGAUCGUUUCCGCCUUUAUAUACAUAACUGACUACUUUGACGUCAUUUCAUUCAGGAGAAAGGGCUACAUCUAUAACUCACUAUAUAGAUCGCUCUGCAGCAUGAUCAGAUACAGGUCCAAUAAACCUCUCACCCCUGGAUCGAACACACAUCAGGACGUCAGGGAGAACUUGGACAAUCUGUCCACCGCGCUGAGCAUAAGGCUGUUCAGAGACAUUCAAGCCUGGCAGUCUCUUCCCUACGGGUUUUGGAUAGAGUGGGAGGACUACGACAACUUUGACAACAACCGCAUGUUAAACGUGAUGACGAUGUACAUGACGGUCAACAACAUUUUGAACGAGGACCCGUUCGACCUUGAGGAGUACUAUCACCUGGGAUGCACCCACAAGACCCAUCCAGUUGAGCAUUUUAAGACACUGAAGGACCACAAAUACACGCUUAUAUGGCUGGCCUGUUCAUACGUGAAUUACUGCAACAAUUUAAUCUGUCGGCUCAACGACAUAUUCAAGUGCGGAGACGGAGACACUAAGUGUUGCCUAGAAGCCUUCAAAGACGAUAAGAUUAAAUGCUUAAAGGACGGCUGUAAAAUUGAGAAUUUUAUCUGCCAGGACGAGUGCUGUUGCAACAAAAGCACCUGCGAAGUUCUUAAAACUUACAUCAGAGGCGCACUCUCUGGCUGCGUGGAGGAUUGCAACGCCCUGCUCUAUGACAUUAACGCUUCACAGGAACUUUCCGACUCCUCGGUUGCCAACUACGAUGACCUGAUGCGAGCUCUGCGCGCCUUUGAGGGCUUUUUAAUGCGAUUUCUCGUAAGCCUGCUCUACGGAAGGCUGAUCGACGAGUACCUGGCGAUCCACUCGUACAUGAAGCCAUUUUGUUUGAAACUAAGCGCCGAAUUGAAGAAGUUUGCCGACUACUGCGGCUGUAAAAUGCAGUGUUUGGACACCAAGUCUAGCAAGGGCAAAAAGUGCUGCUGCGGAAUGUAUAACAAGAUGGUGGAGGCAGUGUGUAGGCUCCACGCCUGGCAGAAGAAGGCCUGCGACAUCAUGAAGGGCUCGAGCAUUGAUAGUCUCAUCGACACCAUGCCCCCGAUCUCUUUGUCGAGAUCAGUUUUCCUGCUGGCCUCAUUUUUCCACGACUUUAUGAUCUCCGAGCUUCUGUAUGAGAAGGCGACUUGCAAAUGUGCUGGAACCGGAGAAAAGGAUGAAAAAGGAGAUAAGACAAAAAACGAAGAAAAACCUCGAACUGAAGGAAACAAUGGAGGCAGACAAACUCCGGUAAAUGGAUCAAACACGGGAUCUGAAACAAACACAAGAAGUGGACUAACGACCGAAAACGGAAAAACGACUGAGCAAGGAGAAAAGAAGGAAGAUAAGUGCUGUUGCAUCGGCGGCCUUUCUUGCUACUGCUGCAGGUACAACUCCAGAGUUGACGAUAUCAUGAAUCUUCUGCUAUCGGCUCUCAACCGCCUGACUGACUGCGACUCGAUCCUGGCCCACGUGAUAUCUGUGUUCUCGAGUUUUAGUUCGUUCAGACACCCUGCCAACUUCCGAGAGGCCGUGUACCCGGUGAAGGGGAUCUCGCCGUUCGACUUUUACGAUGCCAAGGACAGGGGCAAUGGCAAGGACAACGUGCUGUUUGUUUUUUCGAGCAUUUACACAAACUUCAACGAGUUGAUGUCCACCAUUUCUCUCCCGGGGCACUUCGGAUUGGGGUCCUCUUGCACGUGCUCCCAAAACGAGUCGGGGCUGUGCCCCUGUCUCAGGGAGCUGAUUUCAACGAUUAAGGAAGUUUGCACCAUGAUAAGUAAAAUUUCCUCUGAAAUCGGCCCAGUGGUUUCAACGGUGUAUUACAUAACGAACUACCCUAGGGUGCAAAAGUACCUCAAAAGACUUUUGUGCUCCUCUAAUAAGUUGAGGUGUCUGGCAGGGUCAGUCAAAAAAUGUUCAGGCGGCGAUUCAAAGUGUUGUGGAAGCACCCCAAAUGUCUGCGAGUUUGUUUUUAAACUGGCCGAUUCAUUGACACACACGUUUCAGCUCUUGGAAAAAGUGUACGAACAGUCUGAGUCGAGCAUAAAGGCGAUGGACUGUUUACACACUCAGUUCUCGGAUCUGAACAAAGAAAAUGAGAAGCUCUACAAGUCCAUACGCGGAACCAGGAUGGGCCUGUUGACUGAGCCGAGCAACCUGUUUUCUAAGCUGAUAACGUACUACAAGAAGACGAUCAUCGGGCGCGUUCCCGACUACAAGAGGUGGGAGUUUUACAUGUUCAUCACGUUCACCUUCUCCUGCCUCGUGCUCAUUUACCUCGCCCGCCUUUUGCCGUACCUAAGGAACGUCCCAAAUGAGAAGAAGUUCAAGUACCUGAUCAUUCUGUACUCGCUGAUGACCGCCUACUACUUUAACUCUUCCUUCGGCUUCAUGUCCUCCUUCGGCGAGGACAGCAGCUACUACAUCAACCUGGCGAUUAUCCUGGGCAUGAUUCUGUCGAUUAUCUACUCGUGGCUGACGCAGUGGUUCACCUAUCGCAUGCUGCUGUUCGAGCAGUUUGUCGACCUCUACUCGAGGUUCAGGCUCCUUUUCCCCGGGUCAAACUACUCGCACUCCCCGAGCCUGUUUUGGUGGGUCGAGGGCUUCGUGUCCUUCAUCAGGAUGGACAUGCUCUCGAUGUUUUACUUCGUCACGCUCGCCAAGACCUCGGACAAGUACAGUCCCUACAGCUUCGGGUUCAGUAUGCAGCUGAACGUCGAGUACGACCUCGUGGAGUCCGACCCUCACAUCUUCACCGAGGAGGAGUGCAUGAGGAACAUUAAGAAGUCGGUUUUCGAGACUCAGUACACUGAGCUUUUCAACCUGCUCGACUACCGGUCGUUUUACCACGUCUACGAGACCGACUACUCCUUUAUGAGGCAGCCGUCCCCCAACAAGACCGCCUAUCCCUUCGACCUGCUCUACCACGGCUGGUCGAUGGGAUACACGGUCAGUGAAAUGUCUGACCGUCUCUACCAUUUGAGGGAGUUGGCUCUCAAGGCCAUCGAGAAACGGGUGCAGGAGGAGGCAAUUGAGAGCAACUACGACAUCACCUCGAUCACGAAGCUGAAGAUCUUCUUCGAGUUUCAGCACGAGUGCCUGCUUGAGGCUCCCAAGCUCGCCGUGAAGGACUCCUUCAGGAAGAACCACAGCUUCCUCUCCCUCCAGUCUCGCAAGCUCGUAAAGCUGUACGAGAAGCUGUACCAGGACCAGUGGCUCGCGUACUUCCAGGACCGUAACUCCGCUGACCAGAGCCGGGACUCGAAGCCCCCGCCCAAGGAAAUGAGCGCCGUCGAGCUUCUCGAGUACUUCGACAGCUGGCGCAGGGUCAAGAUGCGCAACUGCGACAUGCGGUACGGCCGCAAUGACGUCUGCAAGGUCGCCGUCAGCCGGACCUGCAGCGAGUUUGAGAAGCUCGCGUACCGGCCCGUCGAGUCCCACCAGAUAAUCAGCGACUACUCGAAGCUCGUCGCCACCUCGUUCACUCUCAAGGACAUUCCCAAGAGCUUCGAGGUCAUCAAGUACCUCUCCCGGCCCACUCGCGACAACGAGAACCGCCAGGUUCGCCCCGUGCUUGACAAGAUUGCGAAGCUGAUCCGUCGCCACUCCUUCGGGGUCCGCUCCUCCAUCCUCAUGGACUUUAUUUCCGUCUGCAAGAACAUCGAGUUUGAGAACACCAUGGCUCACAGGGUCUACAACAUCGACAAGUUCCUCAUUGGCGAGUGGAUUCGCUGGCAGGGUCUGCACAUCUCCGGGGAUCUUGUAACUCUCCUCGUGGAGUUCCUACUAUCCUAA